AUGGGCCGUCACGCCGCCACCGCCCCUGCCGCCAGCGGCCCGCCAGGCUCCGCCGCGAGGCCCGAGGGGCGGAGCCGACUGCGCACGCCCGCCUCGCCCCGCCCGCGCCUGCCACUCACGCCCCAGGCCCCACCCACAUCCCCCCUGCACCUGGGCCCGCCCAACCGCGGACCACUUUCUUGGUUGGUUCGAGGGGCGGGGCCAGCAGGUCCGGGCGGUGCGCCGGGCGCUUUUAAGUCCCUCGUCCCAGACUUGCAAGUGCGGGCCUGUGCCCCACGCGGCGGCGGGAACCUCAGCCCUCCUGUGCUGACUCGCCGCGCCCUGAGCGGGGCUGGGCUGUCCCCGGCCCGCCUUAGACCCGCCACCUCGCCCCCAACCAUCCCCCCAUCCCAGCUGCUCCCAGAGCUGGGCCCCAAAGGCACAACUACUCCCACAAGGCUUCUUGGCUCCGUCACACUACCCACACGACCCAGUGCCACGGCAAGACAUCCAAUCUCUGUGAGAUGAGAUCCCAGCAACCCCACCUAUGGACUCUGACAGUCUAUCUUACUGAACACCAGGCUUCAGGACUGCUAUGUGGACUCGCCAGCUCUCACCAACAUCUGGACAACCAGAAAGUGUGCAAAGCAGAACAUCAAUGCUCCCGUACCAGGUACCACCUCUUCUUGGGAAGUUGUAAAGAACCCAUUAAUUGCCAGUUCCUUCUCCCUGGUUAAACUGUUGUUCAGGCGACAACUGAAGGAGAAAUGCUGCCCAGUACGAGAUGCGAAACCCUCAAAGAGAUUAAAGCCCAAGGAUGAUUCAGCCACGAAAGCCACCCAGCGGGGCGGGAUAAGAAACUCCAUCAGUUCCAACAGCAAGUGGCCAGUGGGGCAGUGGCCAGGUUCACCCAGGCACAGGAGGCCUGCAGGAGGCGUCAACGAGGUAGAAAGUUCAAAGGAGAAAAAAGUAACACUCUGCCAAGAUCUUGAGAGCAGAUAUGCUGAACACGUGGCUGCCUCCCAAGUGCUACCCUGGGACAUUGGGACAGUGUCCUGGAAGGGCCGAGCCUCACUUCCGGAAACCAGGAAGAGACAGCAGUUGUCAGAGGAUGCAUUAACCAUCCAUGGCCUCUGCACAGAGGGCCACCGGGCUCUGCACCACACAGUGGUGGAGCCAAUGCUGUGGAAUCCUUCGGGGACCCCCGAGAGGUACAGUUAGGAGCUGGGCAAGGCCAUCAAAACAAAGCCCUGGGAGGCUCUUUGCAGCCAGGCUGCCACCCCUGAAGGUGCUCAGGACCCACUGCCAGGCAGGAAGAGGCCAGAGGUCCACGAGGAGCAUGCUCCCAAGAAAUGGCCCAAGUUAAAGAGCGAGAAAUAG